AUGGCCUUGGCAGCUGGAACUCUUCUCUCAAGGAGCUUUAUUGGCAGCCAGCCCUCAGACCGGAGCUCUCGCGUAUCUCGUGCUUUCUUCGGUGGCCUCUUCGGCAGUCCCCAAGGCUCUCCAACGCCGAUCAAGGAUGCUCCGCAGGAGAAUGCCAGACACUACAUCACAGGGGGCCAGAUGUAUCCUCCCUGGCCAGCGGGGAUGAAGGAAGCCAUGUUCGGCAUGGGCUGCUUCUGGUGUUCCGAGAACAUCUUCAUGAGGGUGCCGGGCGUGUACUCUACACAGGUAGGCUAUGCCGGCGGUGGCAUAGAGAAUCCCACCUAUGGUGACGUUUGCACGGGAGCUACGAAUCACAACGAAGUGGUCAGAGUAGUGUAUGAUCCUGAGAAAGUCUCAUACGUUGAGCUCCUGCAGAAGUUCUGGGAGAAACACGAUCCGACUACGCUGAAUCAGCAAGGGAAUGACUUCGGCACGCAGUACCGGUCAGGCAUCUACUACUACUCGGAGGAGCAGAGACUGCUGGCCGAGGAGACCAAGGCGCGGUACCAGGAGGCGAUAAAGAAAGCCAAUGCCGCGUGGGGCCGAUCCAUCUCAACUGAGAUUGAGCCUGCACCGACUUUUUACUAUGCGGAGUCCUUCCACCAGCAGUACGAUGCAAAGCCCGGCAAUCGAGACUACUGCGGCUUGCGGCCCCUUGGUGUCCAACUUGAUGUCAACGACAUUGAGACGAAGAAGAUCGACGCAUGA